CUUUUGCUCAAACCUGGCAUUAUGGGCUUGCGAUACGACGGCGCGCUGGCGAUGAGAACCUUCCCCAUCCGAAGGUAACUGCAUCACACCUAAAUGCGCUCUUUGUGCUUGUGCUGGACAGGCUAUCAGUCGUACAUACCAGCACACGCAAGUCAGCUCAGAUGUUGGUGCCGUGGGGGAGCAUCAAUUCACGGUUUCGCCAAACUAUAGCUUUUCAGCUCCCUGUAGGUAGGACUCAUGUGUUUAGACUGCUCGUCACUAAUUGAGGCAGCGGAAGCUGCCUGGGUGUCUUCGCGCAGACUACGACGGUUAGUGCACUCGUCUGCGCGCGCCCGUUCAUCGGAGCUUCUUGUGCAAGCUAUCCAAAGAUUGUAUAAGAAGCACUACGAGACAUUCUGGAGCGUGGAAGGUCGGGUUAACGGCACACCUGUCGCGCAUCGGCCCUAACCCGGCGGUUCUGCCCUGGUUCACGCUUCAGCAGCAUUUCCUCAUGAUAUCCAUACUACACAGUUAGCGAUAAAGAACUUCUUGUAGUAUCCCUGUAAUCGCUUGCCCGCUCACGCACCUCGCCUUGCAGCAAGCUUGAGAUUUUCCCGCUGGGAGAGCUCUAGGAUUGGCAAAACAAACAUAUGCAUUGAUAAAAUGUUGAUUGAUUAAUGCCAUAAGACUACGCGCGCGCGUAGCAAGCUGGUCAGCACUGAAGGAAGGCGAGGCCCUGGCGCUGGACUUUGAGCCCCGGAUGCUGUGAGGACAGCAAGCACAUAUUGUUGAGACAGGAGGACAAUGGGGCUGCAAGGGUAUCCGCCCCGGCUGCUGUCCUUGUCGGAAAGAUGCCCACCCGCGAUGCUCAGUCGCGAGUACUGGUCCAUAAAGGACUUUGUGCUGGUCAAGGAAGUGGGCAGCGGGGCUGCGUCGACAGUUUACUAUGCGCUGUGUCGCAAGAGCACGCAGCCCGUGGCGAUAAAGAUGUACCUGAAGUCCAAGCUGAGCAAGCUUAACAGGCGGCAGGUGGAGCGGGAAAUCAACAUCCACUCCUCCCUCAACCACCCGCACAUCAUCGACUUUUACGCGGCGUUUGAGGAUGACGAGCGGAUAUACCUCGUUCAGGAGUUCGCACAAGGGGGCGACCUGUUCGACGACGUGAAGCGGCGCGGCGGGCGGCUGCCUGAGCGGGAGGUGGUGACGCACGUGCUGCACCCCUACCUCACGGCUCUGGCCUACCUGCACGCACGGGGCAUCAUCCACCGCGACAUCAAGCCCGAGAACACGGUGUUCACUCGCGAGCGGGUGAUGAAGGUGACGGACUUUGGGCUGGCCAUCAACGCCGCCAGCGAGCGGCCCGUCACUCGGCUGGGCACACUGGACUACAUGGCUCCCGAGGUCCUCCGCUGCCCCGACAAGCACAGCCCGGAGGACAACAAGGACCGCGUGGACCUGGAGUACGACGCCUCCGUGGACGCCUGGGCCAUGGGCGUGCUGGCCUACGAGCUCAUCGUGGGCAGGCCGCCCUUUGGCAUGAGCUGCCGCGAGGCCACCAUGCGCGCCAUCGUUGCUGCCAGCCCCUCCAUCCCCGACUGGAUGAGCCCCGCCGCCGCCGACUUCAUCCGCGCGGCGCUGCAGCGCACGCCCGCGCGCCGCUCCGCCGUGGCGGCCCUGCUGGAGCACCCCUGGGUCACGGGGCACAUCAGGGCCUCCCAAGCCGCGGGCGGCGUGCCGCGGCCGCUCAUGCCCUCCUGCGCCGCCGAGGCCGCCGCCGCCGCCUCCUCCGUGUCCACCAGCGGCAUGACCAUCAGCCCCGCGGCGCUGGCGGCAGGCUACGCCUCCAGCGGCGGCGCCACCAUCUCGCCCGCCGCCGCCGCCGCCAUGGCGGGCGCCGGCAGCGGCGCCGGCCCCGCCGCGCGCUCGCUGUUCUACCACCCUGGCGGCCCCUUCCAACACCUCUUCAGCCAGCCCACCUGCAACUCCGCCUCCGCCAGCGAGGUCGGCGGCGGCGCGCCCACCAUUGGCGGCGGCGCGGGUGGCGGCGGCGGGGCCGCCGCCGCCGCCAUGGCGUACGGCAGCGACCAGCGCCCCGCGAAGCGGCAAGUGCAGCGUUGCCAGAGCGCGUACUUGGAGCUGCCGGGCGGCGGCGGCGGCGGCGCGGGCAGCGCCACCGGCGGGCCCAGUGGCGGUGGUGCCGCCGCUGGCGGCGCCGCGGCGGCGGCCGCGUACGCCGGGCACGCGCGCGUGUACGACACCACGUCGUACUGGAUGACGGACGGUAACGGGUUCAGCUACGACACGCUGGCGGCGCUGGACGCGGCGGCGGCGGCGGCCGGGGGUCAACGGCAGCAGAAGCAGCAGCAGGGGGCUGUGGCGAUGGACACGGCCCCGGGCUCGCCGGCGUUGAAUGGUUGGAGCGGCGUGACGGCUGCCAGUCGCUUCCAGCAGCAGCACCAGAUGCAGCAGCAGCAGCAACAACAACAACAGCAGCAACAGCAACAGCAGCAGCAGCAGCAGAUGCAGCAGCAGGCGCAGCAGCAGCAGUUCUACCAACAGCAGCUGUACCAGAUGCAGCAGCAGCAACAGCAGCAGCAACAACAACAACAGCAGCAGAUGCAGGCCCAGCAGCAGCACCAGGUGCAGCAGCAGCAACAACAACAACACGAGCUCGACUCGGUGUCUGCAUCUGGGGAGAGCGCCAGCGCCGACGCGGCCGCGGCGGCGGCGGCUGCCGGCGGCGGCAACGGCGCGUCAAUGGCUACGGAACCGUCGGAUCCGGGUCUGAACCUCACGGCCGCUGAUUACUACCGCUUGCACAUGGAGGACCUCCAAAACAUGUGGGAGGGAGGGCGCGUGCCCGCGGCGGCGGCCGCCGCCGCCGGCCGCAGCCCGCGCACUGUGCCGCGGUCCUACUCCUCCCGCGCCGGGCGCGCCGGCAGCAGCACCGGCGGCGGCGGCGGCGCCAUGGCGGCGGCGGCCGCCGCCGCGGUGGCUGGAGCCGGGCUGCAGGAGGGCGGCAGCAGGCACGCCUCGCCGGUGACGAUGCGUCGGCUGAUGCGGAACGGCAGCACCAGCAGCAGCGGCGGCGCCAUGAAACGGCGCACGCCCGACACACACGACUGGGACUUGCCCGCGCUCCCCACCACUGCUGCCGGCCUGCCCUCGCAGCAGCUGCAGCUGCAGCUCCUGCCCACGCCUGGCUCCUGCAUGCAGCAGUUCCAACAACAGCAACAAAUGCAGCCCCCGCAGCCGCAGCCGCAUCGGCAUCCGUUGGCGGCGGCGCACCUGCAGCCCGGCUCGCCGGCGGCGCGCUCGUCCGACAGCUUCGCGGCGGCUGGCGGCGCCGCCGCCUUCUUCACUGGCGGCGCCGACGGCUCCGAUGGCUGCGACCUGGCGGCGGCGGCGGCGGCGAUGAACCUGGACGACGCCGCGGGCGGCACGCCCUUCGGGUCGCAGAUGCAGCACUCGCUGUUGCAGCAGGCAAGUCACCAGCAGCAGCAGUUGCAGCAGUCGCUGUUGCCGCAGGGCGGCAGCGUGAGUCUUGGCGGCGGCAUGGGCGGCGGCGGCGCCCACGGCGGCGGGAUGGGUGGCAGCGGCAGCAUGUCCGCAAUCCCGUCCAUUGCGCUGCUGAACGUGCAGCUCAGCGGCAGCUUUGGCCGCGGCUCCUACGGCGGCCGCCCCAGCCGCCUCUCCAAGGCCUUCAAGCGGACCGACUCUCUGGAGCCCGGCGACCUCGGCGCCGGCGGCAGCGGCGGCCUCGGCGGCGGCGCCAGCGACGGCUCCGGCUGCAGCGGCCCGACGGCGCUGCAGUCGCCGCUGGCGCGAUGCAGCAACGCCAGCGCCGCCGUCGCCGCUUUUGACCAGCUGACGCUGGCGGCGGGCGGCGUCGGAGGCGGCGGCGCUAGCGCGCUGUUGCUGAACACUGGCGACGGCGACGAGGCCGCCGCGGCGGCGGCGGCCGUCCACGCCGCCGCCGUUCAGCAGCAGCAGGCCUACGGCCAUCUCGGCGGUCCCGUUGGAGGAGCCGCAGCGUACGGUCGCGGCGGCGGCGGCGGCGGAAUGUCCGGCGCGCCGUCGGACUGCAGCACCGGCUCGCUGGGCGGCGGCCCUGGCGGCGGCGGCGUUAGCGUCAGCAGUUUCGGUUACUCGUACGGCAGCGGUGCCAGUGGCAGUACGGCGCCGGUGGCUUCGCUGGCCGCUGGGGGAGGGGGCAACGGCAGUGGUCAUGGCGGCUUGUACACGGCAGGAGGGCCGCUGGGCACCCGCCCGCCCUCCAUAACCACUGGGCUGGGCAGCGGUGGCGGUGGCGGCGGCAACAACUGCAGCGGCGGGCAGCUGCGGCUGUCGUUGCCGGCCAAUAUGCUCGGCGGGGCGGGCGCGGGCGCGGGGCCAGGCGGUGUGGGCACACAAGUUCGCUCGCACCCAAUCAGCAGCCCACAGGUGACUCCCUGGGCCACACCGCUCAACUCGCCAGUGGGCGCCGCCUCCCGCGUGUCGCGCCUGCACGCCGCCUCCUCCACCUCCCAACAGCAACUUCAUCACCACCACCAACAGCAGCAGCACCAGCAACAACAACACCUCUUACUCGCACAGCUGGCACAAGCGUCCAGCUCGCCGCAGCCGUACCUCGCCGCCGGCGGCGGCGGCGGCAGCCUCGCGCAGUUCCUCCCGACCGGCCAGCACACCGGCAGCGGUGGCGGAGGAGGCGCCGCCGCUGCCGCCGCCGCCUCCGGCUACACGCCGCCGCCGGCGCCGUCGUUCAACAUGCUGUUGGACCUGAUGGAGGCUGAGGGCGUGCUGGCGGCGGCCGUGGCGGCGGCGGAUGCCGGCGGCGGCGGUUGCGGUGGCGGCGCUGAUGAUGGUGGGCAGCAGCAGCAGCCGCUGCUGCCAACGUUCCGCAGUGUGGGCAGUGCCUUCUCCAGUGCUGCGGGCCCCGUGUCGGACCUUUCGCCGCACCUGUUGGAGGCGGCGCCGGCCGCACACGCGGCCUACCUGCAGCAGCAGGGGCAUCCGGGGCAUCAGGGGCAGGGGCAAGGGCAGCAGCACGGGUAUCAGGGGCAGCAGCACGGGCAACAGUGCCUGCCGCCGCUGGUGCAGUUGCCGCCCAUGUCAUCCUCAUCCUUGCAGCAGCAGCAACAACAGCAGCAGCAGCAGCAGCAGCAGGUGGCUAUGGCUCACACGGUGCAGCAGAUGUCUCCGGAAGACCGGUGGGCGGCGGCAUGGGCGGCGGCGGGCAGCGGGGCCCACGGGCCUCCCACCCAAGCACCCACCUUCAGCGGCGCCGCAGCCGCCGGCGGAGGCAGUGGUAUGCUACCGGCGUACGCCACUGCCGCUGGCGGCGGCGGAGUCAACGUGCGGCCGUCGUCGGGUCCGUCGCCGCUGUCGCGCGCCGGCAGUAUUGGCCGGAACGCGGACGGCUCUUUGACGAUGCUGUCUGGCGGCGGCGGCGUUGGCACCGGCGGCGCCGCCCUGGCCAACAUGACCCACAUGCCGUCGCCGCUGGGGCGCGGCCAGCUGCAGCAGCAGCAGCACGUGCGCACGCGCUCCCUCAACCGCUACCAGCUCGAGCAGCAGCUCGGCCAGACGGCGGCGGCGGCCGCCGCCGCCGCUGGCUACAACUCGGCUAGCGGGGCCGUGGGUGCGGCGGGGCCUGGGCCGGGGUCCGGGACGGUCAUGGCGCCGGUUGGCAUUUCGGCUGGAGGGAGCGGGAGUGGUGGUGGUGGCGGCAGUGGCGGCGGUGCGCUGAGCAGCCCGCAGCUGCUGGUGAACAACCACAUCGCUGCGCAUGUGACAUCAGGCGGCGGCAGCGGCGGCGGCGAGGUGUCCGCCACCUCCUCGGAGGGCUCCACAGUGAUGGCGGCGCGCGCUGCCGGGCCCGGCAGCAGCGGCGGCGGCAGCAGCAGCAGUGGCGGCAGCAGCGUUGCCGACGGACGCAGCAGCGGCGGCGGCGGCGGCGGCGCGCCCGGCCUGGUGCCGUCUGGAGGCUGGGCGGCGGCGGCGUCCGCUGGCGGCGGCAGCGCCACCGCCGCGGCCUUUGGCAACCGCCUGACUUCCAGGGGUUCCAGUUCGCUGCCGCCGGCGGCGCGGGGUACCUACGGUCUGCAGAUGCACAGCGGCGGCAGUGCGCACGGCGGCUUGGGUCGGGUGCUGCAGGGCAUGAGCGGGUCCUUCACUGGCGGCAGUGGCGGCGUGCAGUUUGGCGGCGUGCAGUUUGGCGGCGCGCCCGCCAUGCCCAGCCCGUUGGGGCUGCGCUGCAGCCGCAGCCGCCUCAGCAACGCCAGCAGCAAUAACUCGGACGCAUCCGUCGCCAGCGGGGCUGGCGGGGCUGGUGCCGGGGGCGCCGGGCUCGGUGCGGCGCCGGGCGCAGGCGGCGGCGGCGGUGGUGGUGGCGGCAGGAGUUCAGUGUCGGGGGCCGCAGCUGCAGGCGGCAGCGGUGGGGUGGUGGGGGACAGCGAGAUGAGCUCGUGAUGGAGUGAGGAGGGUUGCUCACCAGUCGUUACUUGUCCAGCGCAGCCUACUGGGCCAGUGAGCGCGUGAAGAUUCGCUCGGCUUACGCCUACAUGUUUCGUGACGCCGCUACGGCUCCCGCUACGUGCUCUGGUUGUCCUUGUGUGUGAUCAACAUUGUUUCAUCGAACGACUGGACUACAGACAAAUUAGGACUGAAUGCAUGCCCGAACUUUCUUUAUAGGCUUGGCGAUGCAGCAACACGGGACUGUUUGUAGGUAGAGGUUGCCUUGUGUGAUUGGCACGCAGGCUAGCCACUUGUGCGGCUGGCGGAUGCAACGAAGUCGGUUCCGCAGUUGACGGCUUGUGGAAUGUGGCCUCACACACGGACUUUCCCAACCCUCUGGUGCGGCCGGCUCCGCGGUUGACAGCUGCUGCUGCCGGCGCAUACGGUAGUACUGCAGUGGCGCGAUGCCGUCUGAGCUGCGAUGUUGUGUGGUGCAGCGAGAUGCGUGUUGUUGUGUUGUGGCAUGGACAGGCCCGACAAACCAGGACUGCAACAAGUGUGACCGGCGUGUACAUAAGACACAAUCACAGUGACUUGAACACGCAAUCACUGAGAAUGCAACGGCCGCCGCACGUGACCCACAGUGCCCCGAAUUGCGUUGGCAAACAAUGACAUGGGAAUCUUCUCGGGCCGCAGCUUCACGCGUGGUUGCCCAGCGCCCCGGUGCUCGCGGUGCAGCGGUCGUCCCAGAGGCUGGUUUGGAUGAUCUGACCUCAUCAGCAGUGGCACGUGUGUGUGUGUGUGUGUGUGUGUAAAACCUUUCUGCCUUGUGUGGUGCUUGAGAGCGCGGCGCGGACGUUUAAGUCGCGUGUGUGGCCAGCAACGCGGAAGCUUGAACUCUUCUGUUGUUUGGUGUUGUUGCGUUACAAGGUUGGAAGUGCGUCCUUUCCACUGUAACGAGACUGAGGAGGCCAGGCUGAAGGGCAGGGGCACACGUCGCGCUAGCGAGUGACAAAGGAACGGGUGCUGCGUGGUGGCGUGCAGGACCUAAGUGCUAGACUCAUAGUAUGACUGCCGGGGCUGGCAUUCAGUCAGCGACGUGAUCGUUGCGGCUGCACACCGCUCUUGCUAGAGGCCGAUGCGGGCGUGGCAGGUGAAAGGAAAACUCAACAUGAGUGUGAAUUCCAGUAUGCUGAUGAUACACACACGGUGCGCGUGUUUGUGUCCGGGGGUUUUCCUGGAGAGGAUUGCGUAAGGGUGGGAGCCGUGCCAAGAGUCCUGGGACGGCGGCGUUGACCUUGUUACGAUACAGGCGCACGGAGGAGGCAGCUGUGCGAGUGGCGGCGUGGAGCAAGCUGUGUCUAGUUGUUAACAUUGCAAUUGUGGCUCGGAUUCGAGGGAAAUGGCAUGGUCCCGUCUGUGGCGUCAAACAGACCUGUAUAAAGUGUGGGUAAGAUACGGAGGUGUAGAUACUUCCCGCACCAGCACGUGGCACGUGCUUUAGUCCAUCGAGGUUUCAAGGUAUUCUGCUGUGUUACUGGUGAGUUUCGGCCUUGCAUAUGUCUUGAUUGGCGACGCGGCAUGACCAGAUCGUUUGGUGCAUAGCCGCAGAGCAUUUCCUGCCCUGUUCUGUGAUAUGCACACUGCGAAGGCAUCCGUCACAUGUUUCCAUUUUUACGAUUGCGUCGAUCACCAGAAUGCGUAGGUAGUCGAUCUGCAACAGGUGGCGGACACGCCAUGAAUUUCUUAAUACAAGACAAAUACGUUAUGGUACUCAAGAAGUCAGAAAUUCAGGGCGAAUGUAUGGUGAUGGCAGUCGGGUGAUCUCCCAGAAGCGUGUAGGUGCGAUUCGGUAUGUCGAGAUAGAAUGUGAACGGCAUGUCAUGACAGAAAGUGACAAAAUGGCGAGGAACCGUCACUGACAAAGCAAAUGUGGCUGCAGCUGCAGAGCGCGGAUUGCGCGGACACUUCGCCGCUGGUGGGUUCCAAGUUAUGUAAGAGCGGCAUUGGCGACGGAGCUACGAAAGGCCAUAAUGCCGUGGGGGUUAUACCGCACCUGUGGAGGGCACUGUAAAAGUUACAUUUG